AUGGUGCAGCGCUCGCCUUUAUCCACAAGGAAAUUAAUUCCAAUAAUCACGGAAAAUUCACACCCCAAGACACGAAGCGAUGGCUCUCGUUUACCAGAGCCAAGUCAUCGCCCUCGCAGCCACUCGUUUAAUUCAAACACCCAAGGCAAACCUCGGAAAUCUUGCCUUAAAACACAUGAUCCUGGGAUGGAAAGAAAUCUCAGCAUGACUGAUUCUGCUCAUACACCACCAGGAUCACCAGAAGAUCUACCAGAUGAUGAAUCUUUACAUAGUUAUGGCAGUGCUGCAACAGCAGCCUCAGUUGAUGCUGGAUAUGCUCCAUUUAAUGGUACCACCUUUAGUGGAAGAUCUAUGAGAUAUGUGCUUCAUUGCUCGUCACAUGCUGGUUUGGCAGGGGAUGAAUAUUUAACUCCAACACAAAGGGCACAAAAACAAAUCCGCCGUUUGAAAACACUGCUAUGUCAGGCCAAGAAAGAUUUAGAAAAGAAGGAUAGUGAAAUUUUCCAUCUAACGAAAGAGGUUGUAGAACUAAGAUUGUACAAAGCUUCCAUAUGUUCACCAGAUGAAAAAUCAAACUCUAGUGAGAUAGUAACAAUAAGGGAAAAUGCUGGAGAAGCAGGUUUAAUUGAUGACAGUGUAAAGUGUAAAGAAUCCUGCAGGCAGUUUGAUGAAACUGAUAGCCCUUUGUUUAAAGAUCAGACUCCCACAAGGUGUCAUAAUGAAAUGCAAGGUUCCUUUACUGAUUCUGGCCAUUUUGAUGAUAUGACAAAUUCAUCACUACACUCCAAAGAAUCUGUUCAUUUAGUUACUCAUGAUGCCUCCUGUAUGACAGACAUGGGUGAUAGUGAAGAGGAACGUCGCAAUGUAAUUGCAUACUAUGAAAAAAAAAUUGAGGAUGUUAUGAGGACACAUAUGGGAGAUACACAGGAGAUCAAGAAAAACCAUAAUGAUAAAGUUGAGGCACUACUUCAAAAAUUAGCAGACGUAAAUACGCGUUAUUCUGAAUUGUUGCCAAAUUAUGAACAAGCUAAGGAAAGGAUUCACAUUUUGGAAAAGCAAUUGGAAGAUGCAAGUAAACAACUGAAAGAUGAAGAGAGUAGGCAUCGUGCAAUGUAUCUACAAAUGUAUAAGAAAGGAGUAGAAUCUGCUAAAUUUGAAGUAGACAAAGAAACUGAACCUGAUACAGUACAGGGACAAUUAAGCAGAGUAUCAGUAGAGGAACUGUUAGCACAGCUACAAAUAACCCAAACUGAACUUGAGAAUGUCCGGGACACGGCAUUCAAAGAGGACCGAUCAGCAAAGUCACAAGCACUUUUAAGUGCAAAGGAGGCUGUUUCUUUAUGGGUCCUAGGAGCUCGAAAGGCAAUGUAUCGUCGCAUUGUCGAGUCACAAAAGGGCAAUAAGUCUAAUGUAGAUCCUGAAGUAACCCUACAGUUCUUAAAAUCAGCUAUCUACUAUUUUCUGACGGACCCAGAGAACCACCAAGGACAUCUAAAUGCAAUUGAGAAUAUUCUUGGAUUCACUGAAGCUGAAAAAAAGAAUAUUCGAAAGGCCAGAGCUUCA